UCCAGUUUAGUUGCGAGUCGCGAGCCAAGACGAAAAGAGGAGGUGCCGUGUCUGCGUCCCAGUCGCGGGUUCUACCACGGUGGAGGGAGUACAGGAUCUUGAACGAGACACACGAAGGGAAUUAGACUAGAUCGAAGACUUUAGUGUAUAUCAUAUAUUUUAUUUUUUAUGUUUCGUGCAAUUACCUCAACUGCUUGUAAUAUGAAUUAGAGAGGAAAGUGAGUGAUUAUACUAACUAUAUUGCGAUAUAUAACCAAAGCAAAUUAGUCGUACGCAACAACAGCAAGAAAUAGAUAAAGUUAUUUGCAACCACCAAAUUGAUAGCAAGUGGUACGCUGCGGGUCAAGAUAUGUGAGAGCGGGGCACUGUAAAAGCCCCGAUUGAAUUCCACAUGGGACAAUCAUGGUGUGAUUACGAGCCAGGGGAGUGAGUGGACGACGAGACCGACGGACAACACGGCGAAUGAUGUGCGACAGGAAGUGACGAAUUGAGACAAUGACGCCAGACACCGCGGGCUGUUGAGGAGUUACGAGGGGAGAGAGGGGGGAGGGGAGGGGAGGGGAAGGGCAUCGCGCGCCUGCUGGUGAAAAGGGUAUUUCGCCGAGUGGCAUUGCCCCGCCGCGGGACUGGCACCAGCGCAAGAGGCAUCCGCGACUCAUUACCUCUCCACUCACGUGACCGCCAAGAUGAUGCUCAGCAAAGAUCUUCAGGAGAUUUUGGAAGGUGUCCACUACUUCCUGAGCGAGUCGCUGACGGGGGAGCCCUUGAGCGGGAAGCUAGAAUGCCUCCGAAGGGGCUUGGUGAUGCAGCUGGAGGCCCUGGCGCUCUCCUACCCGACCCUCAGGAUCCGUGCCCGGUCCUCCGCCUCGCUGCCCUACCUCGCCAUGGACGGUCAGAACCGCAGCGAGAGCAUGAGCAGCGGGAGCAGCGGCACAAACAGCUACAGCAACAGCUACAGUAACAGCUCCAGCGGGGAUGGGAUGGUGCUGGGGCGGGGGGGAGGGGACACCCUCGACCCCCGCCACCCCAGUCAGCAGCAGCAGAUCCAGGAUGAGGAGUAUGAGGACUUUCAAGAGAAUAACAAGGACGACAUCGCCUCCGUCAACGACACAACUUCGCUGCAGGACCAAUCCAGGGACGACGCAGACGACAGGGAGGAUGUGGACGACGUGUACAUGGAGAGCGUGGAGGCCGUAGCCUUUAGCAAUGUCAUAGCUACGUGCGACAAGCAUGGCGUCCUCAGCAAGAAGACGAAGGGCCUCCUCAGGAACCUCAAGACCUACCACUGCGUCGCCUCCUCUGGCAUGCUCUACCUCUUCCUCAAGGAGACCGAUGACAGACAGCGGAAGACCAUUGACCUCAGCGGCUACACGGCGCGGAUGGCCACGGGGGAAGACAUCCGAGACCAGCGGAAGAAAGACUCGGCCUUCGAGAUCGUUGGUCCGGGGAAGAAGACCCACACGUUCAUCGCCCGGACCCCCCGAGACAAAGUGGAGUGGCUGGCCGCCCUCGACCGAACCAUCAAGUCGGGACGCAAGAGCCAGUCGACCUUUGCCUUGGACACCUUGAUCUCGUCGGACGAAACGCACCGCUUGUCGCAGCCGCAGAUACUAGCGAACAGCCCCCUCAUUCUGCCGCCGAAGCCCGGACCGCAGCCCCAGCAGGAGGGGAAGAAGGACGACGCCAAACCAGCCGAGGACGACUACUACUACCAUGACGUCUCUGCGGAUGUGAAGGAUGAGGUAUACGAAGAGGUAGGGCCUGAGGGCUUGGCAGGACGGGUCUUGGCAGCGGGACAGAGCCAGACCCUCCCGGCGCGCACCCAGCCUCCGCCGUCCUGGGUGAUGGACCCACCUGACUACGACCCAGUCAGUCCCGACGAUUCCCCGCCGCCCUUGCCCGAAGGUCCUCCGCCCCUCUUAGGCAGACGACCCCCUGGCAGACCCCCUCUUCCCGCCGUCCUGCAGGACCGCGUCAACAAGCAGGCGUCCAGGCCCCUGCCCGACGCCCCUCCGGAGACCUCCGAGGGCGCCGAGGAUCCCAUCGGUAUUUACUGUGAGAUCGAGGACGACAUGCUGGAGGCCGGGAGGGAGAGCUACGAGCAGAGGCUGGCCGAAGAGAACGAGAAGAACUGGAACCUGACGAGCAACGCCAACAAGCCCCGGGCCGUGUCCUCCGAGGGCGUGCCGAGCGACCUGCAGUCUCUGAGCAGCAGGAUGUCCUCGAACUCCCUCGUUGGCUCUCUGAGUGACGAAAUUUUCAUGAACAUAUCCGAAAAUAGUUCCGCGCACGCCCUUCCGCAUAAGUUUUCCCUCAGAUCGUCCACUCCGAAGACCCCACCGAAGCUGCCGCCGAAGGGUAUUCCCUACCCACAGGCGGCAGAUGACGACUCGGAGUACAAGGUGCCCACGUCGGCCAUUGCGGACACGGAAUAUCAGAUUCCAAGCUCGAACCCGGUGCCCACUGAUGCCGAUGACGCAAGAGAAAGAAAUUCCGUGGGCGAGAUUUCGGCUCCCUUGCCCAUGCAGACAUACCAAGUACCUCCGUCGCAGGCGAUCGUGCCCAUCAAACCCAAAUGCGACAGAAAGAACUCGAUCGUGGAGGAAGAGACGAAGCAGCUGACUUCUUUCUUCAGCGGCAAGGAGGACACGAAUCCCAAGAACAACCUCAAGGCUCUGACGAGGCGGUUUGAGAUGAAGAGCAACUCGCUGCCCGGAGAGGACGUGAAGGAAGAGAAGAGGACCCCCAACCAGGGCACUUCGGUGAAGGACAUGAUCGCGCGAAUCAACCAGAACAAGAGUCAGGUAGAGAAGGACAUCAAGUCAAAGACCAAAGAGGAGCCCGUGCGGCCGCUGAGUUCGUCGAAGAGUGCGAGCGCCGUGUUCCAGGUGACGCCCCCGCCCCAGGAGGCCGCACCCCCGGCGGCGGAAGCGGAGUCGAGGUUCGCCAAGCCGGCGCUGCCGCCGCGGCCGCACAACCUCGCCAACGGGGCAACGAUAGUCGUAAAGCCAAGAGCAAAUGAAGACAACAGGAACUGUGACUCGGCGUCCAGGAGCACCUCGGACGACGAUUACUACGAGACGCCAGACGACAGCAGCUUGGAGAGCUCCUCGCAGAGAAAUUCCCAAGACAUGGCACGGGUUUCCGGCGGCUCCAGUGACACAUCCAGUGGAGAAUACUACGUCGCGAAGUUUGCCUUCGUCGCCACCAUCGACCAGGCCCUGAGCUUCAACCGCGGAGACACCAUCUUGGUCCACGACGUGACGAGCAGCACUGGUUGGUGGAGAGCGACACUCAAGGGACGCACCGGCCUCGUGCCCAGGGAGUACCUCAAGAAAAAGGAACAGUGAUUCAAAUUCUAAUUCUGGAAGACAGUGUCUCUCUCGUAUAUUUACAUUAGGUUGGUGUUAAGAUAUAAUUGUUAGAGAGAUAACUGGCCGUUUUGUUAUGUCACUGUCACAGCUGGUCUGGUAUAUUCAUACAGUACAAAACAGAAAAUGAUGGCAAGGUGUUUGUAUGCAAUUCAUAAAGAAACAUGAAAGUGUAUGUUGUUAGUUACACACCAUGUGAAAAGUGUGAAAGGAUUUCUGCAUAGAGUAUAAUUUGCUCUCUCAGUACGCUAAGUCCCAUGGUGCCUUACAGAUACUGUAUCUGAAAGCUGGAAAAGUUAUGGUAAUAAGGUGCAGUGCAGAGAAUGUCAUGUACAUAGAUGUGGUGAGACUGUGCAUGUGUUUUUAAUUAUUAUGCAUACAUCUAUUAUCUCAUGCUGUGCUUUUGUACAAUGAAUAAUAUUUAUUCAGGCAUUCCAAAGAACUGAAUACUCGUAGAUUACAGCUUGUUGGGAAAAAUGAUUAAUGAAACAUAAAUUUCUUUUAACUGGUUACAUUACGAAAGCAAAUUACAAUUGGUGUGAUACAUUCUAAAGAAGAAAACAUAUAAACAGGCAAACAGACACACACACAUACACACAAAACCUGCUAAUGGAAAUGUUGGUAUAGCAAUAUAGCAGUGACAUUUUUCAAAGCAGUGAGGAUGACAAACAGACGAUUAGUGUAAAUACCUGCAGACCUUCAACACACAAAGAAGCUGAAAAUGUCCGAUUUUCUUCCUAGUCAGAGGAUAUUUUCCUGUUCUCUCUUUCCUCGUCUCACAGUAUUCAAUGCAUGCUCGUCACAAUAAGUAAAAUAUCCACUAUGCAUCUCUUUGUAUGUGUAUCCCUAUUGUAUUAUAUACCAAAGAAUCUUCAGUGUGCACAUACUAGAUUCCUGAAAUGCUGAAUCUUGUUAGAAAAACCUUGUGAGACUAUCAAGAAAAAAAUAAUAUGGACUUGAAUACUGUACCAAUUUUCUUUUUUCAUGAGUGAUGUCGAUACAUAAUGUAUAUGGUGCUUGUAGUUGUCAAGGUUACAUGCUAGGUAUGUUUCCGAGAUGAAACACAAUUAUUAGGAUAAUUAAUGUAUGGUAAUAUCGAUGAAUUCUGACAUACACAACUUUUAUCAACAGUUUAUGUGUUAGAUUUUGUAAUUCUGUCUAGAUAAGCUUUUAUAUUUUAUUAAGUAGACCGAUAUUAUCUGUAAAUCCCUUUCAAUAGUGAAUUUGUUAUUUUUAUGCAUUUUUGUCACAUUGCUAUGAGUCUCAACUAGUCUGCAAUGCCAAAUAUAUUAAUGUACCAUAUGAUGCAAUAGGCUGAUUGAAUUAUUGGUAUUAUCUGUAGUUAAAUCAUGCCAAAAACUCAUUAUGUACUGGACACACUGCAAUAAAAGAAUCUAUGACAAAG